AUGUCGGCGAUCGGCGCGGCCCGGCGGGGCGGGGACGUGCCCGGGGUGCGGAGAGCGGCCGGCAGCCCCCAGGCGCUGGCGGGGCCCGGCGCGCUGAGCGGAGCGUGGCUGGCCAAGGAAGAGCAGUACAAGCGACUGAAUGCAGAAUUAGAAGCCAAAACAGAAAAACUGGUGCGUCAGGCUGAAGAACUAAUGAAAGGCCAACAGAAGAUACUAUCUCAGCCAGUUUCAGUACAGAGUAAGUCACCUGAAGAUGUCAGACAGAGAGAUCCACUCUGUUCUGAAGUUUCAUCUCUUACACAGUCACUUGCAAAGGUAGAAAACAAGAAGAAAUUUCCUUCUGUGCCCACAGCUCAGAACAGACCAUACUCUUCAAGUAAGGGAAAAAGAACAACUUCAAGUUCAAAAAUAAGAAACAUGGAAGUACAAAGUGCUGAUGGUGUUGCAGUACUGGAAGAUUGCAUAGGUUUUUCUUUAACAAGAACAAUAAGCAAAGUUGAAGAAAAACUAAAGAAAGGAGUCUUACCAGACUGUCAAGAUGAUGAUAUUAUUCCAAGGGUUGGAGAUGAAAUGGGAGCAGAAGCUCAGAUCAGAUUUCUUAAGGCAAAGUUACGUGUGAUGCAGGAAGACCUGGCAAAUGCAGUGUUUGAAUGCAGGAAAAAGGAUGAUGAAAAUCAGAAUUUAGAAACUCGGCUUAAAGAUGCUGAAGAAGAAAACACAAGACUGCAACGAACAAUCAGCCUGCAGCAGUCUCAGACUGAGAAGUACAAAAUACUGUCACAAGAAGCAAACAAAAAAACUGAAGGGUUACAACAAGAGGUCACUGCACUAGAAAAGGAAUUGGAGAAUCUAAAGCGUGCCCAAAAGCAGGCUGCAGCCACUCAGAGUGCAACAGAAGUUCGUUUAAACAGGGCCUUGGAAGAAGUGGAAAAGUAUAAAGUGGAGCUGAAUAAACUGAAGCAAAGCAACAAGGAUGUAGCUAACCAAGAACUCAAAACAAUCAAAGAAUUAAAAACAGAAAACAAGAAACUGCAGAAACAAAAAGGAGAGCUAAUUACAGGCUUUAAAAAACAGUUAAAGUUAAUUGAUAUUUUGAAGAGACAAAAGAUGCACAUGGAAGCUGCCAAGAUGCUUUCUUUUACCGAAGAGGAAUUCAUGAAAGCUCUUGAGUGGGGAAAUUAUUGAUCCCAUUAAAUAACUUAUGUUUGAAAGAUGAGUCAGAUGGUACAUUAUUUUGAGACUAUGUAUGAGUCCUUGUUAAUAACUGUAUAUCCCACUGAAUUGAUUUUGUUGAUUUUGCUUAUGUUUAAAUAGUUUAACUUUUGUAAGCCUGAUAGCUUGUGUUGUAAUGUAUGAAACAAAUUUCUACUUCAUUGUCAGGCCAAACUGCCCAUUCUGUAAGGAGCAGAGAAGCAUAGACCAUGCAAGGAAUAUUGCAACAAAUGAACUUUGUUAUCAGUUUGCUCUGUUCUAGCAUUUAAAAUUGUACCUUAUCUAUGGUAAAAUUCAGUCCAAAGAAGUCAGGACUUAGUCUCAGAAAAUUCCUUGUUGCAACAAAAAUAAACUAACCAGUGGUCCAGUUGAGAAGAAAAUGUCAUGUCCUUUUUAAAACACGUGGUUGGAAAA